ACACAACCCGACCGUUUUCUUCUUAAAUAGCCUUCGCUUUAUUCUACUCUUCUGCUGGACAAUGAGUUGUCUAACUUCCAAGUGCUAUGCUUAUGUAAAUUAAAACCCAAAAUAGUGAAGACCAGCAGAGAUAAAAGUGAACGAAAUAAAACAAUGUUUAUUUCAAAGUGCCUAGUCUCAAAGAAAGGGCCAUUAGGUGCCAUAUGGGUAGCUGCUUAUUUCUUCAAGAAACUCAAGAAAUCUCAAAUAUCUGGGACUAAUAUCUCCUCUUCUGUUGAUGAUAUUUUGCAAAACCAGCUUGAGAUUCUGGCAUAUAGAGUAUUAGCCUACCUCCUCCUUGGUGUUGUCAGAAUAUACUCCAAAAAGGUUGAAUAUCUUUUUGAUGAUUGCCAAGAGGUGCUGAUUAAGAUAAAUGAAUUUGUGGUUAGAGAAAAAAAUAGAGCAAAGAAGGAGGCCCUGCGAUCGGCUUCUUUCUCGAUUACUCGACCUGUGUGCUUUGAGUUGGAUGCAUUUGAUCUGGAGGUACUUGAAGAUACUAGUAGAGAUAAUGAGGUGCCUCGUGAAGAAAUAACUCUGAAAGAUGUAGCUUGGACAAAUGCUGGAACAAUGCAAUAUUCCCUAGAUAGGAUUGCGGCAUUGGAUGAUGCUUUCUUGAUAGAUUGCAUUCCACCUGAAGACAGUCUUUCAUGCCACCUGAUGACCUUCGAGACAGAAGCAAGAACAUUGCAUGAUGUAUGUGAAUCAGAAGCAAGCAUGGAAAAGCUUCGGUGUGAUACCUCCAUUCACGAGGAGGUUUCACAUCUUAAAAUUGUUUGUAGGGUGGAGGAAGAACCUCUUAACAUUGUUAAAGUUUUUGAUAAAAAUGAGAGAGAGCAUUUGGAGGUUCCUGACAUGUCUGGUUUGGAGAACCGUACAGUCCAAGAAGCAAAUAGAGAGAAAAACAAUGAUAGAUUCUUGCCAGAAGAAUGUCUGAGCCUUCGUUUUGAGGCUGCGGAGGAUUCCUUGGGUCCUUUUAAACUUAACCCAUUUGCUAAAGAUCAAACUACUAGUGGAAUGAUUGAGGGUCCAGAUCUAUUAGAAUCAGAAAAUGAAUUGAACCAGGCUAUGGAGGAAGAUCAUGCAUGUGUCCUGGAAGCAAGUGCAUGGGUUCCGGACCUUGCUGGCUCAUCAAGCAGAGAGAAAAGCAAUGAUAGGUUCUCUUCAGAAGAAGGGAUGAACCUACAUCCUGAGGCUGAGGAGGAACCUCUAAUCCCUGUUGAAUCACUUGUUGAAGAUCUAGUUAAUAGAGAAAAGAUGGGUUUGCAUCUGCCACAAUCCAAAAAUGAAGUGCACCAGCUAUUGGAGGAAGAUCAUGUGAGCAUGAAAGCAAGUAAGGAGGUUCCAGGCAUUGCAAGCUCAGAAAACCAUAUAGGAAGAGAAGCAAGCAGGGAGAAUCAUAAUGAUGAAUUCUGUCAAGAAGAAUGUUUGAAUCUUAUUGUUGAGGUUGAGGAGAAAUCUCCAGCUUUCAUGAAAUCUUUUGAUGAAGAACAAACUAGCAGAGAGAAGAAGAAGGGUUCAGAUAGGGUGCAACCAGAAAAUGAAGUACACCAUUUUAUGGAGGAAGGUUGCAACUCGGGAGCCGGUGUGAAGAAGCUCCAGGCUGAAGGUUUCUCUGACAUGGACCUUCAGGAACCUUCCACACUUGUUAGACCACUUGCUGAAGAGAAUCAAACUGAUGCAGAGAAUGGGAAGUUUCCAGCAAUGAGAACUUCCAAGGAUGGAAAAUGUCAGGUCGCUGCUAAAGACCAUCCUUUGUCUGUUACAUUGGACACAAAUCCUCUGUCCAUGUUGCGAGAUGCUUCAGGAGCUACUACCCCUCAUUUUAUGCUUAUCCCAACUCCUGCUAAAAGGGAACGUGCUCGGUUUUCUCGGAAGAGAAAAUGUUUGUUUGAUGAAGUGAUAGUUUUCCCUAAUGACAUAAUGCGGCAAUGGAUAAAAGAUGCAAGUGAUUUGGUCUCUAAGGGGGGAAAGGAUGGUCAUACUGCUUUGGGUGCAAGGAGGCCUUGGAUUUCCAGCCUUCCCCAGGGUUUCUUAGAGCCUUCAGUUCCCUGCACCUCGGAGCUUAAAUCUAUUUACUCUGGAAAGAGAUUGCGAAUUCUCAAAUCUGUAAAUAUCAUAAAACCUCCAGAACAGAUGGACACUUCUGAACCUCCAGCAGUUGAUGGAUCUUUUGAGCAAGCAGAACUUACUCCAGCAACUGUUGAAAUGAGGGAUCCUCCAGUUUUGUUGAACCUCUCAAAAUCUCCUCUAUUUGAUGGAUCCUCAGAGCAGGCUGGAAUUGCUCCACAAACACCUAUUCGGCAGUCAACUUCCCUUGUUGUUGGAGAACAGACAGAAAUUGCUCCACAAACACCUGUUCUGUACUCUAAAUCAUUGAGGCCUUUUGGGAGCCCUAAGGACCUGAAAUUUUAUAACUUAGAUGUAGGACCAGAGAAUGUGGAUCCUAUUCAAAGCAUGGAGAAAGAGCCUUCUCUGAAUGAAAUUGUAGAGAAGGAGUCUUCCCUGAACAAAAAUGAAGACCUUGAUCUCAAUCUGGACAUGCAUUCAAAUGAAGAUGAUAACCAGGGACAGGCAGAUGGAUGGUCUUCAAGAACCAGAAUGGUGGCAGAGAGAUUGCAGAUGAGUUUUCUAGAUCAAAGGGAAAAAAAGGAGGAAAAGGUGAACUUAUCACAGCUUCUGGAAGGAAAAACAAAGAAAGCAAGUGUGAGACUCUUUUAUGAGAUACUGGUGUUGAAAAGUACAGGGCUUGUGGAUGUGCAGCAAGAAGAGGCUUUUAGUGACAUUGUUGUUGUGAAAGGUCCGAAGUGGGAGGGAAUGGGUUUUUGCUUGGGAAGGCAUGUUAAAUGAGGAUUCACUCUGUAAAUGUGUGUUGUAGUUAUUUUAGCUGAUAUGUGAAUUGGAAAAUAUAGGAUGCAACUACUUUGUUACUUAUUUUGUUAGGAUCUUUGUUUUCUUUAACAGCCCUUUUUAAUUAUUGUAUAGACUUAACCCCGAAUUACUGUGCCAUUCCCCUUCAGCUGCAAAGCUGUUAGAAAAUUUUGGACUUGGUCCUAGUUUACUGAGAAAAUUAUCUCUGUUAAUAUUAAAUUUUUUAUUCA